AUGACAGCGAAAUCGACGGAACGACAGAGCCUCUUGAAAUCGCCUUCGACUCCCUCGGAGGUAUCAGACGAUACAUUACAAGAUGAAUCUGUUCAAAGAGAUUAUGGGGCUGUAGAGAGUGCCUCUGUUCCAAAGAUUGAAGAGAAAGUUCCAAAGAAAUUCAAAGAGAUAUGGGUAUUAUUCCUAGGUCUAGCUUUCGCUGUCUUUUGCAGUGCUCUGGGAAUGACCAUUGUUGCUAAUCUGACUAUUGAGAUCGGGUCUUAUUUCCACGCUGGAGCUUUGUCAUCAUGGCUUGGUACUGGGUUCCUGAUAGGGUUAACAGCUAUGACGCCUUUAUACGGAAGACUGGCUCAGGUGAUGGGUCGAAAAGGAGUAAUGCUUUUAGCUUUGACAUUAUAUUUGAGUGGUACUAUAAUGUGUGCCGUAGCACCUACAAUGUAUUUCAUGAUUGCUGCUAGAGUCAUUGCAGGUGCAGGUAGUGGUGGUAUGCUCACUGUCACAGCAAUUAUCAUUUCUGAUCUAGUAUCAUUAGCCGACAGAGGAUUAUAUCAAGGUGGAAUUAAUUUACUUUUCGGUGCAGGAUCAGCUUCAGGUGCAGUGCUAGGAGGUUGGAUAGCAGAUGAAUAUGGAUGGAGAUCUGCUUUUUGGAUACAGGUCCCACCUGUUCUAUUUGCGUUUUUCAUGGUAAUCUGGAAGGUCAAUGUCGAGAGAGAAAAAGGUGAAGAUGUAGGAGGUCAAACACCUUGGGAAAAAUUCAAGGGUAUCGAUUGGUCUGGAAGUUUGAUCUUGAUCAUCUUGAUAUCCUCAUUCUCAAUCUCCACAUCUCUUUAUACUUCUUCGCAUUAUCCCCUAUCGCACCCAUUACCAUUGUCACUUCUCAUAGUGGCCAUAAUAUCCUUACCGAUCUUUAUAUUCAUAGAGAAAAAGGCCGCUCAUCCGAUCUUACCCCUAACAAUGUUAACUCGAGCACAACCUAGUUUAGUAUUAUUCGGUUUCGUGCUGACUACCGCUACCAACUUCUCAAGACUUUACAUGCAGCCUGUUUAUCUACAUGUUACAAGAGGUUUGAAUGGUUCUGAAACUGGAUUGUUAUUACUACCCAGCUCGAUAGUUGGUUCCCUUGCUUCUCUCUAUGCAGGAUGGCAUAUGCGAUAUUGGAGAGAAUACAAAUGGUUCCAAGCUGUCAUGUCUGUCAUACCGUGGCUUCAAGCUUUAUCGAUUGCGAUUUUCUGGGGUCCAGAGACCAACAAGAAUGAACUAUGGAGUGAAAUGGCUUUGGGUGCUUUAGGUGGUGGUUGCACGAUCACGACUUUGUUAACAUCCCUAAUAGCUUGUGUAGAUCCUUCAGAGAUGUCUUUAGCGAUAUCAGCAUGUUACUUGUUUAGAGCGUUAGGACAAGUUAUCGGAUUAUCAAUUUCAGCUUGUAUACAACAAACGAUACUGCUUUCAUCCCUCACGAAGAGGAUACCGGGUGAUACCGGUUUGAUAAGGAAAAUCAUUCAGGAACCAGCAGAAAUAUUACCUUUGUUGAAUGAAACUUUGAGAUUGCAAGCUAGAUUAGCUUAUUUAGAUAGUAUAAGAGGUGUUUUCGGAUUUGUCGUUCUUGGUGGAGUUGCUUUGACAAUGGUUUGUUUAGCUAUUAGAGGUAAGAGGUUGUAA